UUUUUGUCCCUCUCAUCUCUCAUGGUUUAUACACAACCGCUGUCCUGCCAAUUGCCAGGUUUCCAGAUAUCCAGCAACCCAGCAGCCCAGCAGCUCAGCAGCAGUAGUCCGGUGAGCUAUUCCUCCUGUCAUUUCCGUCCGUUCGAUCGCUCUGGUUGCCCAACUCGGGAGGCUUGACGUGGUGAUAUCAAACAAAAGACCGGCAAGGAAGUUUUGGGGGGAUUUGUUGGAAGUGUUGUUGAACUGUUGGCGGUUCAUAGUUUCAGGGAACUAAGAAUUGGGGCUCAAGGAGCAGCGAAUUUGAAUAUUGAAGAUUGGUUGGAGUUUUGGGGCCUAUCUUCCUGAUAUAAUGGGGGGACCAUGUCGCAAGUCCGGCGGCAACCCAGCGAGGAUAGCCUCAGCCAGCGCCAACACCACCACCAACAGCGACUCCAACUCCAUCAUCAGCCUCAACAUCACCAACCUCGCCCCUACAACACCACCACCACCAACACAACCACAACCUCAACCACCACCACCACCAACAACAACAACAACAGCAGCAGCAGCAGCAUCCCUAACCCUUACGCUCCCUAUUCCCCCCCGUCUUCUGAUGAAGCUGGUCCCCUCCCCCUCCACCCCUUCAAACACGCCUUGUCCCCCCUGAUGCCCGCUCCCCUGAUCCCCAGGGAUUACUUGACCCAACGUGCAGAUGCUCCCAGCUCAAGCGCCAGCCCCAGCGAUACAAGGAAUACAGGCGUCGUCCCUUCGUCUAGCAGCAAUCCUCACCAUCAUAAUAAUCAUAAUAAUCAUAAUAAUAUUAAUAUUAAUAAUACCAGCAAUUAUUCAACUACUGGCAUCCAUCACACCCAGCACCUCCGUUCUCAAGUCCCCCUUCUCUCCCCUAUCCGUACCACCACCAAAGCGCCCGCCUCGACGACGACACUCUACAACCCCAGGAACCGCCCUCAUUUAUCCCCUCUUUCUCCUUCGUCUGCUUCAUCCUCCCAACCUCCAGGUUCCGCGCUUACUACUCGAUCGCCUUCUCUGAGCCAGGAGGACUCGCCCACCUCAACCUCGCCUCAAUCCAUUCCUCCCAGGGCUCCUCGUUCAGCUACUUCAUCCUGCACCUCUCCCAUAUCUCCACGAUCCCCUCCGCCUCCUCUUUCUCCUCUCUCCGUUUCAACGUUCGCUCGAGUAUCGGCCUUUCCCAUUCCUCCUACUACGACCGCCACCAUCACCACCGCCGCCGCCGCCGCCGCAUCCUCCUCUAUCAACACCAAGCCAUCCAACACGGACCCGAUCCCGAACCAGUCGGCAGAGGCGCUGCAGUGCAAACCCUCACCCCCAGAUCGACUGACCGGCUCGUCGCAUCUGCGGGGCGCCAAUGGGAAUAUGCCAAAGUCCUCCUAUUACGACCUAUUGCGAAAGUCAUCGGAUCCGCCUCGCCCAGUCACCAUGAACAGUAAUAAUGAUCACACCAACAAUAAUACAUGCAAUAGCAAUAAUAAUAAUAGUAAUAAUGGUGGCCGUCGUGUUACCUCGCCCAGUUCGGUCUCCCCUUCUCCGCCCUUAUCCAACCCGACCCUGUCAUCUGCUGUGGGAGAUCGCAUCAGAACGAUACCACGCACCUCUUCCAUCGAUUCAGCCAUCUCAUCCAUCUCAUCCGCCCACUCGCACAAAUCUUCUCUCGAAGUGAAUAAUGUCACCCCAGAGGAGAUCGCCAAUCUCAUCUCCACUGCCGGCUCCGCUGAGGCCGUCAUUAUUCAUCUACUCAAGGAGAAGCAACAGGCUGCGUCACAGAAUGCUCAGCUGUGGAGACUGGUUGAUAAGCAGCGCACCAUGGUUCUCGGCUUGAAUAAGGAUCUCGAACGUACAAUGAAGGAUAAGGAUCGUUACAGGAAGAAACUUAAGGAAUUACAGGCCAACCCUCCACCAAUGCCUGAACGAACUGCGCCUGUGGGUGGUGGCCCUACUGUUGAAGGAGACAGCAAGUCAUCUAAGGAUUCACCCUCUCAACACGAUCGAACAAAACCAUCGGAUACAACUACGCCGCGCUCACUGGAUGAGCCUGCAACCUUCCAAUCGCACUCACAUGCUGACCCUCAGCUUACCAGAGGCGGUACCCCAAACUCCCAUCCCUCAAGCCAUAGUCACAGCGCUCGAACAGAACAGCCAGCAAACAACGACAAUCAAAACCGCCCGCAGCUUCGCGAUUCUCCCGUUGACCCGUUAGUGUAUGACAAACAAAGUGGCACGACUAACAACACUGAUAUGUCUUCGAAUAGCACGUCUGCUGCAAGUUUACCCACUGGUGAUCUCCUGAAACAGACACCACCUCCUCUCAGGAGACCCCCCCCUGCCCCGUUAAAUCUCAGCCAAACUGAACGUGUUCAUGCCCAAACUCAGCGGGUGAAUGUAGCUGUUGGGGAUGACUCGGAUUACGAUGAUAAUUUGGACACUGAUGGAAUUCCCAGAAUGGAGAGUCGAGGAAGGAGAAAAACUAGGGAAGAGGACGAUCGACAACGUGAAGCGCUUCUGCUCCAGGAGAAAGCUGCUCGCAGCGCUUCCAGUAAAAUGAAAGCGAAAAUGGCACAUCCCCCCGACUUACCCCAAAACUCCCAUCCACCACAAGGAGUGUUUGGUGGGACGGGGUUUGUGGGGAAUCGCAUGGUUGCCCACUCACCCCCUCCUGGGCUUGCGCAACAAAUUCCUCCACUUGAUUCUCUUGCAACAAUGUUGAGCCCCCCGGCGAGUGACGCUGCGUCGUCGGAAAAAGAUAGACUGGCCUUAUCCCCUCCAAUGAGUCCCGGCUUACCACUAAGCCCACGACCAGGAGAUCGCCCGCUGGGCUCUCCACUUCCACGCUUCCCGAAGGACGGCCACGGUAAUAUGGCGUCGCCGCCCAUCUCACCUAGGAACGGCCUUCCAGUGUCACCACGAGCUACAAGGUUUCCCGCGCCUCCGUUCUCGGGGCCUGCUAAUCUUGUUGCGGCUACUACGGGCAAGAAUUCUCCGACUAAACCAGCUGAACUUUCCAUUCCUCCUCCCGUGCAAAACGACGCUCCCAGGCAGGAAAUCCCUACUUUCGACGCUUCCGUAAAGAUCGAUAGCCCAACGUCUCCAGGGACCUUCCAAAGUCGCAUAUAUCGUGGCCUGGUGUCGGAUCAGCACCCCGAUCUACUUCUCCCUCCCAACGCUCUACCCUCUAUUGACAUUAAAGUUUCUUCGUCCCGCCUACGACCGUCACGUAACAGCUACUUGGCCCUCAAACCUACAGACGAAGAGCCCGUUUUCACGCUCAGUGUGUUCUCGCGGGCUAACCGCGCGGAGCUAUGGCGGGUAGAAAAAGUUAUCCUAGCCUUGCCGCAGUUGGAUCAACAAUUGAAACAAGCAAUGUCGAACUUCGCUGGGCGCUUGCCUGACCGGUCCAUCUUCAGCGGCCAUUCCCCAGCCAAGGUCGAUGCGCGCAGAGCUGCCUUGAAUGGCUACUUUGAGUCUAUCCUUGAGACGCAGAUGGACGAGGCGGGUGCGUUGGUGAUAUGCCAGUUUUUGACGGCGGAUGCUAUUGAGCCGCGCGAUGAUGAGACUAGCCUCAUCAACGGUGAGCACAAGGGGAAACGGUCUUAUCCCUUGGGGCCUGACGGGAAGCCGAGGAUCGAAGGGUAUUUGACAAAGCGAGGGAAGAACUUCGGUGGGUGGAAAGCGAGGUACUUCGUCCUCGAUGGGCCGGAGCUGAAGUAUUAUGAAUCCCCCGGUGGUCCGCAUAUGGGAACCAUCAAGAUUCGCCAUGCGCAGAUCGGCAAACAGUCUCAGUCGGCGAACAGCAAUCAGUCACCAUCACGGUUGGAUGACGAUUUGGAUAACCAGUAUCGCCACGCGUUUCUCAUUCUGGAGCCUAAGAAGAAGGACUCCUCAGCUCUUGUGCGCCAUGUAUUGUGUGCUGAGAGCGAUGAGGAGAGGGACUCGUGGGUUGAGGCUCUUUUGAGCUAUGUUGAGCAAGAGUCGGACGAGGAGGAGAGCUCCAGGUCUCAUCGCCAACCUUCAAAACAUGAUGGGCUGUCAAAGAGUCGUCUACUACACGGCAGUGCGAGGAAGAAUAGCAAGGAUACAGAUAGCCCUGAGGAAACUGGACCCGGCGAUAAACUCCGCUCAUUUAGUUACGACGAUGUCGUCGCCGCUGAGGCCCCCGUCCGCGGGCCGCCAGGUAGUGUCCUUCCUCCGGGCAGGGGCGCGGCCGCCGCCGCUGGGUUACCGGAACCAGGGUAUCAGCUUCCAUGGGAUCAGAAUAUGCCGCAGUCUCCAUCGCUCAAAAGCAUCUCCGGCCCAACCAACGGAGCCAAAAUCCAGGAUGCCGGGGCGUGGGGAAAUAAAGCUCCCCCGCCGAUGACCACGAAGGAGAAGAAACGCUCCAUCUGGGGCUUUCGCGCUGCGUCAACAGCUGAGUUAGCUAACCAGAUACAGAAUCACGAGACUAGCAACAGCAAUUCCCCAAUUGAGCGGCGAGAGGCGGUUCGCGCGGUCUUUGGGCUGCCCCUCGCAGAGGCGGUGGAGUUUUGUGGGGUUCCGGGGCUUAAUACAGGCCUUCCGGCGGUUGUUUACCGGUGCAUUGAUUACCUGCGCGUGAAGGAUGCGGCGCUGGAAGAGGGCAUUUUCCGUCUCAGCGGCUCGAAUGUGGUGAUUAGAGCUCUUAAGGAGAAAUUUAAUACAGAGGGAGAUUUGGACUUUCUGGAGGGCGAUACGUAUUAUGAUGUUCACGCUGUUGCGUCCUUGUUCAAGCAGUAUCUGCGCGAGUUGCCGACGACGGUACUGACUAGAGACUUGCAUUUGGAUUUUAUUCGGGUGCUUGAUCUCGAUGACAAACAGAAGAAAAUAGUCGCUUUUAACGGACUCGUUCACCGUCUCCCCAGACCAAACCUGACACUCCUCAAAGCCCUGUCUCAAUACCUAAUUGACAUCAUCAACAACUCAGACGUAAACAAAAUGACCGUUCGCAAUGUCGGCAUCGUUUUCGCACCAACCCUCAACAUUCCUGCCCCAGUCUUCUCAAUGUUCCUCACAGACUUUGAAAGCAUCUUCGGUGAACCCGUGUCGGAGUUUUCCAUACACAACGCCGGCCCUGCAGAACUAUUCGGAGACAACAAGUCCUUGAACCCGGAAGAUAUACGCUCACCCCGCCAUCAAAUGUUCUCCGACCUGCCGACCCCGUCCUAUAACCAAACGUCAUUCCGGCAGUCGUCGUCACCGGCACCGCAACAUCGCUAUCGGUCGGAUUUGACGCCGCAGGAAGCUCAACAUGCCCAUUCCACCCAACAGCAAUGGGACCAGCAGCGGGACCGCGACCGCUCGCGCGACAAAUUCGACAACACGGGCUUUAUACCUAUGCAGCCCACCUAUGAGCAGCAGAUGUUGGGUGCGGACCCGUAUAACUCCAUGAGUAGUCUGAUGCCGCCGCCCAUAUCGACAUCUGGUAAUAAUAAUGACGACGAUGGAAAUAAUGGUUCUAGUCAUAAUGUGACGAGUAAGGCGAAGCGGCGAGAGAGUAAUUUGCUCUUUAUGAAUUUGGGGAAAAAAGGUGCAAUGGGUAAUGGGCAGAGGGGAAGAGAUGAGCGGUCUAUGGUAUCUGAAGACUCCGCGUUUGAGUGAUAACAGACGCUUCAUGUUCUUUAUUUUUUUUAUUUUUUUUUUCUCUUUGAAUCGUGGCGGUGGAACGAAGGGGACAGAGAGCGCGGUUGGGAUGGAUAUACAUAUUACAUACGCCUGGCUUUGCGUUGUGUUUAUUGGUAUUUUUCUCUCCCAAUUUCCCGCCUUGUUCCCCUCUCUUUUAAUAGUAUGCCUGUUUCCUCUUUCCCCGCCACUCCCAGCUGGACCAAAUGUGGAUAAAGGAAGUCCUUUGUCCGAGAACAGAAACGAAAGAAAAGAUGAAAAGAAUGAAAGAAAUGGAAAGGAAGGAAUGGAGUUAUGUAAUUUUAAUGUGUGAAGGGAUGGAUGUAUGGAUGUAUGGAUGAUUUGAUGCUCUAUUUUCUAAUUCCGCUGUCUGCCUGCGGGUAAUUUCCUGGCGAUUUAUCCUUUUUUUCGAGAGAGGAAACGGAUGAUCGCUGGAAGGCUCUUUUCUUUCUCUCCUCUUCUCUUCUGCUAUUAUUUUUGAUUUUAUACCUUUAUACCCUGUGCUUUUCUUUUUUCCCUCCUUGUUAAUUUGCUUUAUCUUUUCUUCUUUCUUCGACUUUAUUUUUUUUAAUUUUUUUAUUCGAUUUCAUUUUCUUGGCCUUUCCUGGUUUUGCCCUGUUGCUCUCUGAAGGAUGAGACCGCCACUGGCUUGUGGCCCAUAUUGGAGGAUCGCAACUGAGGAAGAGAGGAUUGUACAGUAUAUUUCUUUCUGGUUUUGCUGCUCUUUUCCUCUUUUCUGGUCUGGUCUUUUUCUUCCUUUCUAUUUUGUCUUUUUUGAUCAGCAGUGAAUGGUGAUGUAGUCUUUCUUCUCUCCUCCGCUUAUAGCAUUUUCUUUCCUAUUUUCUAUUUUCAAUUUUUUCACCCCCAUUUUUCCCAUCAUAUGAAAUGAUUUCUUUCCUACUUCUUUGAUUCUUCCUACACUUCUGCAGCGCCAGGGAAAUACUACCUCUCUUUCCUCCAGAACUUCGAUUUCGUUUUUCGUUUUUCUCUUUUUUCAAUCUCAUUCUAUUCCGUAUCAAUCCUCUGCAGCGGUGGCACGACUCUUCUAUUUCUUUUCCUUCCGCUUGUUUUCUGCUUUUCCGUUAGCUUUCGGUUGGCAUAUAUUGUGCGAAGCUAUAGACAACAAGAGCGCGAGACAAGACAAGAUCAAUACUUGAGAGCAGAGAUGUAAGGCAUACAGAAAAGAUUAUUAUACUAGUUGGGUUUUCUCGCCCAUUUUGUUAAUUUUUUUUUUUAAUUUUUUAAUUUUUAAUUUUAU